AUGCACUCCACCAAGGUCACCUACCCCGAGCCUAUGCAGCUCACGGGCAUCCUCGAUGAAUACGAGUCCUUCCAGGUUACACCCUGCAUUGGUACUGAGUUCCCCAAGGCCAGCUUGGCUGAAUGGCUCUCCUCCCCCAAUGCCGAUGCUCUGUUGCGCGACCUGGCCAUUACCAUUGCGCAACGAGGCGUUGUCUUCUUCCGUGCACAGACUGGUCUGGACGGAGAACUCCAGAAGGAACUCACCCAUCGCUUGGGUGUGCAGUCCGGCAAGCCAGCAGGCCACCGUCUGUCCAAGCACCCUCUCCACCUCAUCCGCAAGGAUGACCCUGAGAUGGGUAUCCUCGACCCAGGCCGCCAGCAGAAGCUGCACGGUGUCGAGAACACACAGAAGCGCCAACGCGCCGUCCUGGAGUACCACUCCGAUGGCUCCUAUGAAGUCUGCCCCCCUGACUUUACCAUGCUUCGCAUGACCGAAAUCCCCCCCACCGGUGGCGACACCCUCUGGGCCUCUGGAUAUGAGCUUUACGACCGUCUCUCAACCCCCUACCAGAAGUUCUUCGAGUCUCUUACCGCCCAGCACGAGGUUCCCUCCCUGCGCAAGCUGGCCGAAACCGAGCCCGGCAUCUACGAUGGCCCUCGUGGCGCACCCGCCAACACCGACAUGCAAUUCAAGCAGUCCCACCCCAUGGUCCGCACUCACCCGGUAACGGGCUGGAAGACCCUCUUCGCCGGUGGCCUUCACUGCCGCCGCGUCAACGAUGUCACCGACUUCGAGAGCGAGCAGCUGCUGAGCAAGAUCAUCUCCCUGGUCGGCGACAACCACGACCUGCAAGUCCGCUUCCGCUGGAACAACCCCGGCGAUGUUGCCAUCUGGGACAACCGUUGUGUCCUGCACUGUCCUACCCAGGACCACUACGGCCUCGGAGGCCGCAUGGGAUUCCGCACCAUGGGUAUUGCCGAGCAGCCUUACUUCGACCCUAACAGCGUUUCCCGCCAGGAGGCUUUGGCUGCCGCUGCUAAGUGA